CUGCGCAUGCUCUGUGGGCCCGGUGCCAGGCUGUUUUGGCUUCAUCGCCACUGAGCAGCGUCAGAGAUAAAGUCCCGCCUCCUCCUAGACUUCAAAAUAAACGAUUUAUUUUGAAAGGUUCCAGCAGGCGGCAGAAACCCGGAAGUAGAUCGAUUUCACGAUUUCACCACCGAAGAAGAAGAAGAAUAACAACAACAAUGGCGGUGCAUUGAAGCAGCUUCCGAGACUUUAGAGACUUUAAACAGGAGUGAUGCCCCCCCGCCCCCUGGUCCAGGUCCUGCGCCUUGGCCUCCUCUCCUUCAGAGAGUCAGAGGCUCUGCAGCAGCAUCUGGUCCUCAGACACCAUCAGAGGGUCAGAGAGGAGAACCAGGAGAACCAGGAGAACCAUCAGAGGGUCAGAGAGCAGAGCCACGCCCUGCUGCUGGUCCAGCACCCCCCCACCUUCACCACGGGGCUGCGCUGCCUCCCCUACCCUCCCCCCCUGCUGGAGGGCCUGCGUCAGACCGGGGCCGAGGUGCAGCGCUGCAGCCGGGGGGGGCUGAUCACCUUCCACGGGCCGGGGCAGCUCGUCUGCUACCCCAUCCUGCACCUGGGCAGCUUCAAGAAGAGUGUGCGAUGGUAUGUGUGUGAGUUGGAGCAGACCGUCCUCUCCGUCUGCAGACGGUUCGGCAUCGAGGCGUCGACGUCGCCUCACACCGGAGUCUGGGUCGGAGACAACAAGAUCUGUGCCAUCGGAAUCCACUGCGGUCGCUACGUCACGUCUCACGGCUUCGCUCUGAACUGUAACACCGACCUGUCGUGGUUCGACCACAUCGUGCCGUGCGGAAUCGAAGGGAAAGGCGUGACGUCGCUGAGCGCUGAGCUGCAGAGAGACGUGAGCGUGGAGGAGGCCAUCCCCGUGCUGCUGGAGGCCUUCAGGGAGAGGUUCAACGUCUCUCUCUCUGACGUCUCCCUGACGUCUCUCUGACGUCUCUCUGACGUCUCUGACGUCUCUCUGACGUCUCUCUGAGUCUCUGACGUGUCUCUGACGUGUCUCUG